AGGACAUGCUCCGGAAUGUCUUUGUAUUCGACGGCCAGGUGAUGCUGGUAACGGACCGCGAUAAGGGCAAGGCUAUCCGCGGGAUCGGCCGAAAGGUUGCCCGUUUCUUGCCAGACACGGUUGGACGACUGAUGGUCGCCGACAUUCUAUGGCUGCUGCCGUUCGAGAGACUACUACUUACGAAGACUAAGGCCCAGGGGCUAUCUAAGCCACUCGAUGCAUGGCUCUGGAAGGACAGCCGCAAAGGAAUCUGGACAACGACGGAGCUUAGUACUAAGCUAGCAGCAGCGACAACAGAGCACAUUGGGGUCAAGCUAGGUGUGGCUGACUACCGCCACGUCGCUAUCGAACUCGGCCGGCACAUGCGAGGACUAGUCGUCCAGCAGCUAGAGGUUGACAUGGCUGAUGAGGCUGACUGGGACAACCCGCAGAGCUUCGAAGACGGGCUCACUGGGGAGGCGCGCCGCCAGAAUAAGGUCGAGUACGUCUGGGACUUACAGGCCACGCACGGCAGCGCCAUCCCCGCCUACGUCGUGUCUAGGCCGGGCCAGUUUGGAUUAUCCUAGCUUCG